GUUCCGGCUGCCUGUCAGUGCGCGGCUGCGGCCGAGGAAGGUGCGGCGGUUCCCGCGGUCGCGCUGUGGCCUGGCUGUGUCGCCGGGACGCGACCAUGAACCCGUGAGGCGACGCGGACUCGCGGACGCCGCCAUGUUCGGGCGCUCGCGGAGCUGGGUGGGCGGCGGCCACGGCAGGUCCUCCCGCAACAUCCACUCCCUGGACCACCUCAAGUACCUGUACCACGUUUUGACCAAAAACACCACAGUCACGGAGCAGAACCGGAACCUGCUGGUCGAGACCAUCCGCUCCAUCACAGAAAUCCUGAUCUGGGGAGAUCAGAAUGACAGCUCAGUAUUUGACUUCUUCCUGGAGAAGAACAUGUUCGUCUUCUUCCUGAACAUCCUGCGGCAGAAGUCGGGCCGCUACGUGUGCGUGCAGCUGCUGCAGACCCUCAACAUCCUCUUCGAGAACAUCGGCCACGAGACCUCUCUCUACUACCUGCUCUCCAACAACUACGUCAACUCCAUCAUCGUCCACAAGUUUGACUUCUCUGAUGAGGAGAUCAUGGCCUACUACAUCUCGUUCCUGAAGACGCUGUCCCUGAAGCUCAACAAGCACACUGUCCACUUCUUCUACAACGAGCACACAAACGACUUCGCCCUGUACACCGAAGCCAUCAAGUUCUUCAACCACCCCGAAAGCAUGGUGCGGAUCGCCGUGAGGACCAUCACGCUCAAUGUCUACAAAGUGGACAACCAGGCCAUGCUGCACUACAUCCGGGACAAGACGGCCGUGCCGUACUUCUCCAACCUGGUCUGGUUCAUUGGCAGCCAUGUGAUCGAGCUGGACAACUGUGUGCAGACAGACGAGGAACACCGGAACCGGGGCAAGCUGAGCGACCUGGUGGCGGAGCACUUGGACCACCUGCACUACCUCAACGACAUCCUCAUCAUCCGCUGCGACUUCCUCAAUGACGUGCUCACGGAGCACCUGCUGGACAGCCUGUUCCUGCCGCUGUACGUGCACUCACUCGAGCACCCUGACAAGGGAGGAGAACGGCCGAAAAUCAGCCUGCCGGUGUCUCUCUACCUUCUCUCCCAGGUCUUCCUCAUCAUCCACCACGCGCCCCUGGUGAACUCCUUGGCGGAAGUCAUCCUCAAUGGUGACCUGUCCCAGACCUUCGGCAAGACCGAGCAGGACGUGCAGAGAAGUGCCAAGCCCGGCGUUCGUGGCUUCGUGAAACCCACAGAGACCCUCGAGCGCUCGCUGGAGAUAAACAAGCAUAAGGGUCGGAGGCGGCAGCAGCGGAGGCCCAACUACAAGAACCUGGGCGAGGAGGAGGAGGAAGAGCGCCCACCCGCCCCCGCCCCCACCCCCACCCCCGAGGAGCCUGAGGACGCAGACAAGGCCAGGGCGCCAGAGGGCGGCCCUAAGGGUGUGAAGGCCAGCGGUGACAGCGAAGAGAUCGAGAUGGUGAUCAUGGAGCGCAGCAAGCUGGAGCUGGCAGCCGGCCCCACCCUGCAGGAGCAGAACACCACAGAUGAGGAGAAGAGUGCGGCCGGCGGGCUGGAUGGGCCUCCCUGGAGCAGGCCCUUCCUGGACAUGGUGCACCACGCCCUGGACAGCCCGGAGGACGACUACCACGCACUCUUCGUGCUCUGCCUGCUCUACGCCAUGUCGCACAACAGAGGCAUGGACCCCGAGAAGCUACGGCGGGUCCAGCUCCCAGUACCCAACGAGGCCGAGAAGACGGCCUACAACCACCUGCUGGCCGAGAGCCUCAUCCGCAUCAUGGGCAGUGCUGCCCAGCCAGAUGCCAAGAUCCGCCUGGCGACGCUGGAACUGAGCUGCCUGCUCCUGAGGCAGCAGGUGGUGACGGGCGAGGGCUGCAUUAUCAAGGAUGUGCACCUGGCCUGCCUGGAGGGCGCCAGAGAAGAGAGUGUCCACCUGCUGCGGCACUUCUACAAGGGGGAAGAGAUCUUUCUGGACAUGUUUGAAGACGAGUACAGGAGCAUGACGAUGAAGCCCAUGAACGUGGAAUACCUGAUGAUGGAUGCCUCCAUCCUGCUGCCCCCCACGGGCACCCCUCUGACGGGCAUUGACUUCCUGAAGCGGCUGCCCUGCGGGGACGUGGAGAAGACGCGGCGGGCCAUCCGGGUGCUGUUCAUGCUGCGGGCGCUGUCGCUGCAGCUGCGCGGGGAGCCCGAGACCCAGCUGCCCCUCACGCGGGAGGAGGACCUGAUCAGGACGGACGACGUGCUGGAUCUCAAUAACAGUGACCUCAUGGCCUGCACGGUCAUCACCAAGGACGGUGGGCUGGUACAGCGCUUCCUGGCAGUGGACAUCUACCAGAUGAGCCUGGUGGAGCCCGACGUGGCCCGACUGGGCUGGGGUGUCGUCAAGUUCGCAGGGCUACUGCAGGACAUGCAGGUGACCGGCGUGGAAGAUGACAGCCGUGCGCUGCACAUCACCGUCCACCGGCCGGCGUCCAGCCCACACUCACGACCCUUCCCCAUCCUGCAAGCCACCUUCGUCUUCUCCGACCACAUCCGCUGCAUCAUCGCCAAGCAGCGGCUGGCCAAGGGCCGCAUCCAGGCCCGGCGCGUCAAGAUGCAGAGGAUAGCAGCCCUGCUGGACCUGCCGCCGCAGCCGGCUACGGAGGUGCUGGGCUUUGGCCUGGCCGCCUCUGCACCCACACAGCACCUGCCCUUCCGCUUCUACGAGCACGGCCGGCGUGGCUGCAGUGACCCCACCGUGCAGCGCUCCGUGUUCGCCUCCGUGGACAAGGUACCAGGCUUCGCGGUGGCCCAGUGCGUCAGCAGCUCAGCCGCAUCCUCGCCGUCCCCGCCUUCGGCCAGCGGGAGCGCCAGUGGCUCCUCCACGCCCUCGGCCACCCACAGCCCCUCAGAUGACCCCCUGGCCACGCCGCCCCCAUCCAGCCUCACGGAGCCGCCGGACCCCUGCAGGACCCCGCCCAGGGCCCCCCCGGAGCCUGGCCUGGCCCCCAGCCUCACACCCGCCCCGCAGCCCCCCAUCUCCCUGCUCUGUGCCCCCGCGGCUGACGCCCUGAGCCUGGACGCCCUGACCCUCGUGCUGCCCGUGGACCCCUGCAGCCUCCGAAGCCUCACCAGCGGCCCCCCUGGAGACACCCCUGAGAAUGCCCCGGGAGACCCCGCGGGAGACACCCCCAGCACUGGCCUACAGCUCCAGGAGCCUGUGCAGCCCUGAGGCCCCCUAGCACCCCUUCUCCAAGCCCAGCUGGGCCCAGACACCCAGAUACCACCAGCACCCCUGCUCUGUCACUGCCCUGAGCAGGCCAGCAGCACCUGGGAAGGACUCAGCGCAGCACCCUGUACUCGGUCCCCACACGGGGCAGGUGUGAAGUGUAGGUGUCCAUGAGGGCAAGCGUCACUGUUCCCUGGGGGACUGACCCGGGGUCAGGUCGUGUGAGCAGAAGUGGGCAGGGCUCUGCCUCUUCCUCCUUGCCGUCUGUCUGUCCCUCUGUCACAGUGACCUCCAGGAUAUUCAGCCCCAGCCCUGAGGUGUGCCUGGGGGGGUCACAGCCAGCCUCAGGUCUGCCUCCCAGGGCCAUGUGGCCCCCCUGCCCCCACAGCACCCCCACCACCACGUUCACAGGAGGGACCGGGACACCUGGAUGCUGCUGAACUGUGUAGGACGCGGUGGGAGGGCUGCCCCAGGACCUCCCGCGGCCCGUGGGGGCAGAGCUGGGCUUCCCAUGGCGGAGGCCACGCGGGGCAAUGAGGGAGUUGGGGGUGCCCUGCCUUGCCCCCCACAGACACCCCUGAAGUCACCCCCACCCCCAAACAGGUCUUCACACUCUUGUCUGGGGGAGGGGCAGAUGCAAUAGCCGCUGUCCAGGCCGCUGGCCUCGGGACGCUGUCCUGUCCUCCCCCCAGAGCUGGGCACUGGGACCCAGGCUCCUGUGAAGCUGAACUUGGCAAUAAACCGCCACGUCACCAGGA